AACAUAGAGUAAAGAGUAACUGAAGAAGCCCUUGUUAAACCCUAAUCCAGAGUGCUUGUGUUUUGAAUUAUACGAGAAAUGGAAGUCCUACGCAGUUACGAGCUGCGUCUCCUCCGGUGCACUCUUUCGUGUCCACCACAAUCAUUGAACAAUCAGAACAGUAUGAGCAUGAGUAUGAAUAUGAAUGAUGUGCACUCACUAAUUAAUCAACUUCUCACUUCAAUCGAAGCCGGAAAUUAUAUGGAAGCUCUGUCCUGUGACGCAUCUAAAUUGAUCACCGAUUUGAGGGACUUACCGGAGUCCUGUAGCUCUCCCGAUGAAGUUCACUCGGAGUUAGAGGAGCGCGUGGAGCGGUUCUUAAACAAGGAUGAUGAUGAUGAUGUGGAAGUUGGUUGCAGAGUGAUGAUUGUUUUAUGCGUUGCAAUUGCUGCAUUUUUGUUCUUCACUCAGUGUAACAUUACGGGGCCAAUGGAUGAAGUCGCUCGAUGUCCUGUUGUGGUGAAUGGUGGCGAAUGUGUUGGAUGGGAUAAUUGGUCACGCAAUCAGCUCAUGUCCAGCGGCUCUCAUUUGCUCGCCAAGUUCUCCAAUCUUCACUUUCUGGUUUUUUCAAAACUUUUGGUCAUCAAGAUUCAAGAUUUGCUGUUUCAAGGAAUUCGAACCAUCUCAUGGUGGCUUGCCAGGAUCUUACUUGUUCAACAACGAACUUUGGACGAACUCUCUUCCUCUUUGUUUGAUCUGCUACAUGUUUAUAUGGGCCAAACCCUGCAUCAUUUUGGCACUUUAGAGCAGCUUACCACUUACUGGGGACUCCUCCAUCAAGAUGCUUCUUCUAUUCUCUCAAUGCUCCAUUUAGAAGCUGGCAUUAUUCAACAUACCUAUGGACGUCUUGAUACCUGCAGACAGCAUUUUGGAUCAGCCGAAGCUUCAGCUGGCCUUCAGCUUUCUGUUACAGGGGUUCUUGGCUACCGCACUGUGCAUCAGGCAGAGCCAAAAGCACAAAGAGUGCUUCUUGUCAACACAAGCUCAUCAUCCGAAGCCGCUAGUGUUUCUUGUUCCUCAACAAGCAACGACGGAAAUCCAAUGCUGCAACAUGAAACCUCCGAUAUACUUGUCACACCAAAAUUGCUACAGGACAGUGACGACUCUGCACAAAAGAAUCAUCAUGAUGCUCCUCUAACAGAUAUCCAGCAAGCUGUGGUCCUCGCUCAGUGCCUUUUCAUUGAAAAGAGCUCUCGACAGGAUGAGUUGCAAAGAUGGGAUAUGGCUCCAUUCAUAGAGAAAAUUGAUUCACAACCAUCCUCAUUGUUUAUAAUAAAAUGUUUUUGCAACUUCUUACGAAUACGUUGGGAGUCAACUCGCAGCCGUACAAAGGAGCGUGCGUUAGAAAUGAUGGACAACUUGGUGGAGUCUCUCAAUAAGCCUUCACCAGGAGUGGCAAAUAGGAUUCCUUCUUCAUAUGCGACUUAUAUUCCCACCACUCCAGCUCUCCGGAAGGAAUAUGGUGAACUUUUAGUGAGCUGUGGUUUGAUAGGGGAGGCACUUAAAAUCUUUGAGGGUUUAGAAUUGUGGGACAAUUUAAUAUACUGCAACCGUUUAUUGGGGAAAAAAGCAGCAGCUGUUGAGAUCAUCAAGAAAAGAAUAUCCGAAAUGCCCAAUGACCCAAGUUUGUGGUGUUCACUAGGUGAUGUUACAAAUAACGACAGCUGCUUCGAGAAAGCCCUUGAAGUUUCAAAUGAUAAAUCUGCAAGAGCAAAGAGAUCUCUUGCUCGCAGUGCGUAUAAUAGAGGAGAUUAUGAGACUUCAAAAAUCCUUUGGGAAUCUGCUAUGUCCUUAAAUUCCUUAUAUCAAGAUGGUUGGUUUGCUUUGGGUGCUGCUGCCUUGAAGGCUAGGGAUGUUGAGAAGGCUCUGGAUGGAUUUACUCGGGCGGUGCAGCUUGAUCCUGAAAAUGGAGAGGCUUGGAAUAAUAUUGCUUGUUUGCAUAUGCUCAGGAAGAGGAACAAUGAGGCCUUUAUUUCAUUCAAGGAAGCCCUUAAGCUCAAGCGAAAUAGCUGGCAGUUGUGGGAAAACUAUAGUCACGUGGCCAUGGAUGUGGGCAAUGUUCGUCAGGCUCUGGAAGCUAUACAGAUGGUUUUGCAAUUAACCAGUUGUAAACAAGCGGAUGCUGUAUUAUUGGAGAGGAUUAUGCUAGAAAUAGAGGGAAGAGCUUCAAAUCGACGAUCUACUGGUCAAACUUGCUUUGAUGACUCUCAAAGUGUUUCAGAAAUACAAGCUGGAUGGUCUAGGGAAAGUGAGCAGUUAGUGGAGCUGCUGGGUAAAAUACUUCAGCAGAUAAUUAAAAGUGACAGUAGAGCAGAUAUAUGGGGUUUAUAUGCAAGAUGGCACAAGAUUAAAGGAGAUCUUACAAUGUGCUCUGAAGCUCUCUUGAAGCAAGUUAGAUCUUAUCAGGGAUCUGAUUUGUGGAAAGAUAGUGAUCGUUUUAAAAAGUUUUCACAUGCCUCAUUGGAACUAUGUAAGGUAUACAUGGAAAUUUCUUCCUCUACUGGUAGCCGUCGUGAACUCUUUUCUGCUGAGAUGCACCUAAAAAACACAGUCAAACAGGCUGAGAGCUUUUCAGACACAGAAGAAGUUAGGGAGUUACAAGCUUGUCUCGAUGAAGUGAAAAUGAAGCUUCAAUCUACUUAGGUGUCACUGUCCAGUUAAGAAACUCGAGAAUCAAUACAUCUAUCCAAUUUACAUGGAUUAUGCUGAAGUUUGCCUGCGUACUAACAGAAAGAAGGUGCAACCUUCUGGACAUUUUGUAGGAUUACACAUGCUUGUACAGAGAGUUAUCUUCUUCUUAAGCUUGCAAGGUUGGGGUUUUCUCUUCCUCUCCUUUUUACUACCAUGUAACUCUAUCAAUUAUGUGAUUUAAUUUAUCCUGCUUUUUUUUUCUUGUCUGCAUUAAUGUCAGUUUUAAUACUUAAAAGCUUCAAUAAAUACGGAUGAAUUCGGGUUGCACUA